GCUCCUUAUCAUCUAAACAAAGAAAGUUGAAGCAGCUGAGAUAUUUGUAAACCCUGAAGAGAAACAGAGAGACAACAAAUAAUGGAUGAUGUUAUCCCACAAUCUGAGAGCCUGAGCCUGAGGAUUCCGUCCAAUCAUAGCCCAAAAGGUGAUCAUGAAGCUAAUGGAGGUGAAGGGAAAGCAGAAGUUGCUAGCUUGAGCUCUGGAGCUGGAGAAAAUGGUGGAGAUCAUAAAGAAGGUGGUGAAGAUGGAGAAAAGAGUGGUGGGCUUAUAACCAGCUUCAUCUCCAACUUGGUGUCGCCAAGGAGUACUAAAUCCGGGGAGUUUACUAAGCGAAAAGUUGAAGAUGAAGUUGAGACCGGUGAGAUAGUGAAUGGUAAGACAGAGCAAGAUUUGGGUCGUGGUGAAAAUGGUGGAGGUGUGAUUUCAAGCAUGAUUUCCAACUUCUUCAAUCCAAGUGAGGAAGAGAAAAUAGUAGAGGAGGUGAAAGAUGGUGGAAAUAAGAGGUUGAAGAUGGAUGAGGAGGAAGGAGGUAAAGGAGGCCUUAUUGAUAACAUUGUCUCUCACUUGCCUGCAUCAAUUCCAGAUGAUGCAGCUCCCUCAACUGAUGAGGCCUCCAUUCUUAUUCAUUCCUGUGUCAAAGAUUAAGCAGAUCAUGUUUGCCUCUUCUCACUGACUACAACAUGUUGCUGAUGUUUCUUUGUUUUGUAUUUUCUUGUUGUUGCUGUUGUUAAAUUCUCAUUGUUGUUAAUUAGUGAGUACAUUUUAUCAAUGAAUUGGUAUUCAAAUCU